AUGCUGAAGACCGUCCUGCUCCUGGACGGGAGUGAGGCGAUGAAUAGCUCCGCCGACUACCUUCCCACACGGCUGCUUGCUUUGCGUCCUCAGCUGGGAAGAUUUGUCCACGCCUACCUUGACGCCAACCCGUUGGCCUCUCUUGGGGUUGUCACGAUGCGAGACGGUGUGGCGCACCGCCUCAACUCAUGCACCACAAACGCCUCGGACAUCAUUCAAACAUUAGAGGUGAAAUAUUUUCUUUUUGGUGGGUCUGGGGCGAUGUCGUUGGAGAAUGGGCUUCGUUUUGCCCUCUCAGAACUCGUGGAUAUGAAGCGCAUCGCCAAACGUGUGCGACGGACCGAGCCCCAUGCCGGCGGCAAGGAGGCACGAGAGGAACCCACGGCGCGGCUUCGAAUCCUUCUGGUCUCCUCCUCCGUCACCGUCAUUGACCCCCAUGACGUUUUCGGCGUGAUAAAGAUGAUGGCAAAACUUCGUGUACGUGUCGACGUGAUUUCUUUUUGCGGUGCGGUGCAUGUGUUUGGGGAGGCGGCGGUGUCCACCGGUGGGACACUCUACACUCCCAUGAAUUACGACCAUCUCACCGAGGUCCUAGGGCUUCUUGCUUCCCCGGACAAACACCACGUUUGUCAGGAGGAAAGACCGGCGAUGAUUCGGAUCGGGUUUCCUGUUUACAUUAACUGCAAGGAACCAGAAGGUGGGGAAGGAGGAAGCACAAAUUACGUUGCAUGCCCGCAGUGUGCGCUGGUACAGACCUCCAUUCCAUCCACUUGCCCUCUCUGCAAGCUGUUGCUCUGCAGUGCCCCGCUCAUACACAACACCUUCAUCGCACACAAUGAACUUUGUCCGGUCUCUGAAAAUGUGGUAGAUGCAUUUGAGGGUACUGAUAAACCCACGGAGGAUUACUUGAAUGAGCGAUGCUCGUUGUGUCAAUAUGGAAUGAUGGGCGAGGAUGGAAGAGCUCUCGUUUGGCGAUGCAACUCCUGCCAUUGCUUGCGUUGUGUCUCGUGUGAGAAGUAUGUGCGGGAACGCAUCGGUCUUUGCCCAACCUGCAUUGCCUCUCCGCUGUAG